ACGCCAUUGCCGCCAUACUGCAUUAGAUGGAUUUUAGUCUUGCUUUGCUUGUUUUCCGUGCACUGAACUUGGAUCGAUGAUUGUUUUUUUUUUCCUUAUGCUCUUCAUUUUGACAGCGCUUGAGCUUCAUGAAAUGACUUACUAUAGACUCACUCACCAACUCACGCACGGAUGCACGGAUGCACGGAUGCACGGAUCCACGGACCGUAAAAUACAAUCCAAUGGACAAAAAAACAUUAAGUACAGCUUCAUCAAAACACAUAACCUCCAAUCAAACAACACUGACAGUAGAUCAGCUAGAUAUUGAAAUCUUGCCAAUAAUAUACGAAAUCAUUCGAUGUUUCGAGAAAGAUCCCACAGACAACGCAGCCAAACAACGUGAGUCACAGGAUUGCAGUCAAAAAGUGAUUGAACUGCAACGUCGUUUGGAUAACGCUCGUUCUCAAAUAGGUAGACUCUCAGGUAUCAACCACAACAAGGAAGAACAAUUGCAUCGCUUGGAACUACUACGAAAUCAGCUCAAACAGAAACAACAUUUAAUUAAGAAAUACAAAAAUAUUCAAUUUUAAAUAUGUUUCGAUAUCUUUUUAACCGAUUGGCCAGCGAAAAACUCAUUGAAUAUCUAUCGGAAACGUACGUUAUAAAACGAGCAGCACAAAUGACCGUUGCCGCAUAUUAUAAAAUUUCUGGUGAAAAGCGAUUUAGUAAUCUUUUUCAACCGGGAAAAUUUCUAAAUUCAUUUAAGGGACACUUGAAAAAGGAAAUCGAGGAUGUGCAACGUGAAGUUAGGAAAAAACAAAAGUAGUUUCACAUCGGUGUCAAUUUUUAUUUAGAAUUAACUUGAAUUAAAAGCAUUUUUCCAAAUAAAUUGAAUAAAUAUUAUCUACUUGCGACCAUUGUAUAA